AUGCAACGGAAUAGAUGGCUAUUGGUGUUGUGGUACGGAGUAUCCGUACUUCUAUUUAUCGCUGGCUGCGUUACGCUUGCAAUGGGUAGCGUUAGAUUGGCUGCUGAAACUAGAGUUGAAGGUUUGCGAAUUUCGACUUUUCAUUAG